GUGUUGGUGGAGGCGACGCUUUCUCCUUUCUGUAACCUAAACAAUGACUCCUACUACAGACCGGAGGAGAGCCCACUGAUAGAAUGCUUCAUAAAGACCCAAAACGCAACAAUUCGCUGCUAUUCCGUCCGCUCGCUUAAAUGCCCCGAGCGUAAACAUGUGGAUACCUACAGAACAUGAGAAAUACGGCGUCGUGUUGGCCAGUUUCCGAGGGACCGUCCAGCAUGGCCUCCCGCUGGAAAUCGGAGACACAGUGCAGAUCCUGGAGAAAUGUGAAGGAUGGUACAGAGGAUUCAUUCUAAAGAAUCCUAAUGUUAAGGGGAUCUUCCCAUCCAGUUAUAUCCACCUGAAGAAUGCCGUGGUGAAGAACAAAGGGCAAUUUGAGACAGUAAUUCCCAUCGAGGACUCAGUCAUCACGGAGAUGACGUCGACACUGCGGGAGUGGGGAGCCAUGUGGAAGCAGCUCUAUGUGAAGAAUGAAGGAGAUUUAUUCCAUCGGCUCUGGCAUGUAAUGAAUGAAAUCUUGGACCUGAGGAGGCAGGUACUGGUCGGCCACCUCACUCACGACCGGAUGAAGGACGUCAAACAGCACAUCACGGCGAGAUUGGACUGGGGUAACGAACAACUUGGCUUGGACCUGGUGCCCCGGCGGGAGUUCAGCAUGGUGGACCCAGAUGAAAUCAGCGUAACAGAACUUUAUAGACUGAUGGAACACCGGCAUCGUAAGAAGGAGACUGCUACGCCUGCGAGCACACAUCACUUAUUUGUUCAUGUGAAAAGCCUGAUGAGUGCCAAUCUGGGGGAGGAACUGGAAGUCUUCUUUCACAUUUAUGAUGGGCGGGAGAAUCGGCCUCUCAGUGAACGCUUCUUCGUCAGGCUGAAUAAGAGCGGAUUGCCCAAGUGGCCGGAAAAGACCGAAAGGCAAUGCACGCUGUUUGUGGAUUUGGGAAGCAGCGAUCUACGAAAAGAUGUCUACAUUGUUGCACACAUCAUAAGAAUUGGGAGGAUGGGAGCAGGAGAGAAGAAGAACACAUGCAGUGUGCAGUACAGGCGGCCGUUCGGCUGCGCUGUCGUCAGCAUUGCUGAUCUCCUCACUGCUGAUUCCAAGGAUGACCAUUUGCUCAAGGUUUAUGCAUGCAACACAGAGAUUGAGUGGUACCAGAUUCAUGAGAACAUCAUUAAAAAGGCCAAUUCCAGGUACAACUUGUCUGGAUCCAACACCGGUCUGUCAGUGGCUCUACAGCUUCUCCAUGGAGACAUAGACCAACUAAGGCGAGAGUACAUGGGCCUCUUCACCCGUGGGGUGUGCAUAACCAGGAAGCUGGGCUUCUCUGACAUCAUCAUGCCAGGGGAGAUGAGGAAUGACCUCUACAUGACGCUGGAGAAGGGAGAGUUUGAGAAGGGUGGGAAGAGCGUUGCUCGUAAUGUGGAGAUCACGGUUUACGUCCUGGACGCUGAUGGACAAAUCCUCAAGGGUUAUGUGGCUGCCGGCUCCGGUGAACCAGGCACAGAUGACUACCACUCUCUGGUGCUGUACCACAACAACAGCCCCCGCUGGGCGGAGCAGAUCAAGCUGCCCAUCCCAGUUGACAUGUUCCGAGGGUCUCAUGUCCGCUUCGAAUUUCGGCAUUGCUCCACUAAAGACAAGGGAGAGAAGAAACUGUUUGGCUACUCCUUUGUUCCUCUGAUGCAGGAAGAUGGCAGGACUCUGCCAGAUGGCACCCAUGAGCUCAUUAUCCACAAGUGUGAGGAGAACACCAGCUUUGCGGACUGUACCCGCUACCUAAAGUUGCCGUUCUCCAAAGUCAAUCUUCCUUCAAACAAUCAGACACUGAAAGGCACCAAAGAGUCUUUCUGGAUCACCAGCUUCCUCUGCUCCACCAAGCUCACACAGAACGGUGACAUGCUGGACCUGUUGAAGUGGCGAGCCCACCCCGAGAGGAUCAAUGACAGCCUAACGAAACUGAAAGAGAUAGACGGGUCUGAGAUUGUCAAAUUUCUUCAGGACACCUUAGACACCCUCUUUGGCAUUCUGGACGAAAGCUCUCAGAGAUACAGCCUCAAGGUGUUUGAUUCACUCGUUCAUAUCAUCAACCUCCUUCAGGACAGUAAAUUCCAGCACUUCAAACCAGUCAUGGACACCUACAUUGAGAGUCAUUUUGCUGGAGCUUUGUCCUACAGGGACCUGAUCAAAGUCCUGAAAUGGUACGUGGAUCGCAUUAUUGACGCCGAACACCAGGAUCAUAUACAGCAGGUCCUCAAGGCCAGCGAUUACAUCUUCAAGUACAUUAUUCAGUCUCGCCGGCUCUUCUCUUUGGCCACUGGCGGUCAGAACGAGGAGGAGUUCAGAGUCUGCAUCCAUGAGCUCUUCAUGUCCAUCUGCUUCUUCCUCUCACAGGAGAACAAAGGCAUCAGUCCAGUUGCUCAGACUCAGGCGGUGUUCCUGCGAACGUUCCCGGCCAUUUACAGCGAGCUGCUGAAGUUCUUCACUGUUCGAGAGGUGGCCGGUUUUGUCCGGGAGACACUGGGUAGUCUGCCCAACGUAGUCCAAGCAGACAGUCCCCUGGAGCCUGUCAAACUGCAGUGCAUUUCCAAGACAGUGGAAAGCCAGCUUUACAUUAACCCAGAGUCCCGGUGCAUCCUGCUACCCGUUGUGCUCCGAGUGCUUCACACCUGCCUACAGGAGCAGAGAGAUCUGGUCAUGUGUGCACGCAUCUUCACCAGCAUGCUGUCCCUCAUUAAGAAGGAGGAAAACGGAACUGUGGAGCCUGCUGUGUCGGAGGAAGUGGAGCUCAUAGUGGAAAGUCUCCUGGGAGUAUUACUGAGAACUAUCCUGGAAAUCAGCAACCGGCCCCAACCUGCAGGACCCGCCAUGAGACUGCAGUUUCAGGAUGUCACUGGUGAGUUUGUGGCGUGUUUGUUGGCGCUCCUGCGACACAUGAGUGACAAACACUAUCAGAAGCUGCUGCAGGCAUUCAGCAGCAAAGACGACCUGAGGGACUUCCUGCUUCAUAUCUUCACAGUCUUCAGAAUCCUAAUCAGACCCGAAAUGUUUCCCAAAGACUGGACGGUGAUGCGACUCGUCACAAACAACGUCAUCAUCACAACCGUCCUCUACCUUUCAGAUGCGCUGAGGAAAAACUUCCUCAAUGACAAGUUUGAUUACAAGGUUUGGGACUCGUAUUUCUACCUGUCUGUCAUAUUCAUCAACCAGCCUUGUCUUCAGCUUGAAUCCUUCUCGCCAUCCAAGAGGAAGAAGAUUCUGGAAAAAUACGGAGACAUGCGUGUAAUGAUGGGCUGUGAGAUCUUCAGCAUGUGGCAGAAUUUAGGGGAACACAAGUUGAACUUUAUCCCGGCCAUGAUUGGGCCGUUCCUGGAAGUGACCCUGGUCCCUCAACCUGAUCUAAGGAAUGUCAUGAUCCCAAUCUUCCAUGACAUGAUGGACUGGGAGCAGAGGCGCAGCGGCAAUUUUAAACAGGUGGAGGCCAAGCUGAUUGAUAAACUGGACAGUCUGAUGUCUGAGGGUAAAGGAGACGAAACGUACAGGGAGCUCUUCAACAGCAUAAUUCCUCUGUUUGGUCCGUACCCUAGCCUGCUGAAGAAGAUUGAGAGGGAGACGUGGAGGGAGAGCGGGAUCUCUCUGAUUGCAACCGUCACUCGUCUGAUGGAAAGGCUGCUGGACUACAGGGAUUGUAUGAAGUUGGGGGAAGUUGAUGGUAAAAAGAUUGGUUGCACUGUCAGCUUACUGAACUUCUACAAAACUGAACUCAACAAGGAGGAAAUGUACAUCCGCUACAUCCACAAACUAUAUGAACUCCACCUAAAAGCUCAAAACUACACAGAGGCUUCCUACACCCUGCUGCUGUAUGACGAGUUACUUGAGUGGUCAGACAGGCCGCUCAGAGAGUUCCUUAACUACCCCAUGCAGAGUGAGUGGCAGAGAAAGGAGUUCCUGCAUCUCACCAUCAUUCAGAACUUCGACAGGGGAAAGUGUUGGGAGAAUGGCAUCAUCCUGUGCAGGGAGCUUGCAGAUCAGUACGAGUCGUACUACGACUAUAGGAACUUGAGCAAAAUGAGGAUGAGGGAAGCAUCCCUGUAUGACAAAAUAAUGGACCAGCAAAGAUUAGAGCCGGAAUUCUUCAGAGUUGGCUUCUAUGGAAAGAAGUUCCCUUUCUUCUUACGGAAUAAAGAGUUUGUGUGUCGCGGCCAUGACUACGAGAGGCUGGAGGCUUUCCAGCAGCGGAUGCUCAAUGAGUUUCCCCACGCCAUCGCCAUGCAGCACGUCAACCAGCCGGACCAGACCAUAUACCAGGCUGAUGCACAGUACCUGCAAAUAUACGCUGUAACUCCCAUUCCAGAGAGCCAAGACGUGCUACAGCGAGACGGGGUGCCGGACAACAUCAAAAGCUUCUACAAGUUUAAUCACAUCUGGAGGUUCAGAUACGACCGGCCUUUUCACAAGGGCACCAAAGACAAGGAGAACGAGUUUAAGAGCCUGUGGGUGGAGAGAACUACCCUGACUUUGGUUCAGAGUCUCCCAGGCAUUUCCCGCUGGUUUGAAGUCGAGAAGAGGGAGCUGGUGGAGGUGAGCCCGUUGGAGAACGCCAUCGAGGUGAUAGAGAACAAGAACCUGCAGUUGCGCACGCUGAUCGCCCAGUGUCAGAGCCGGCAGAUGCAAAACAUCAACCCCCUCACUAUGUGCCUGAACGGGGUCAUCGACGCCGCUGUCAACGGAGGCUUGGCCCGCUACCAAGAGGCCUUUUUCGUGAAGGACUACAUCAUGAAUCAUCCGGAGGAUGGAGACAAGAUUGGUCGACUGAGAGAGCUCAUGUUUGAACAGGCCAGCAUCUUGGAAUACGGCCUAGCUGUGCAUGAGAAGUAUGUUCCCCAAGACAUGAGACCCCUUCAUAAGAAGCUGGUGGACCAGUUCCAUCUCAUGAAAUCCAGUCUGGGCAUACAGGAGUUCCCAGCUUAUGUGCGGGCAAGCCCCGUGCCCUUCACCAAUGGGAGCCCACGGACUUACAGGAACUCUGUGCCAAGUAUCAUCAGCCCGGACGCGGGCAGAGGGGUAUCAAGGCGGAGCUACCCUGCAGUGAACCGUUACUCCUCGUCCUCCCUUUCAUCUCAAGCCUCCAACGAAGUCAGUAACAUCACCGGGCAGUCGGAGAGCUCAGAUGAAGUCUUUAACAUGCAGCCCAGUCCAUCUACCUCGAGUUUAAGCUCCAACCAUUCUGCCUCCCCGAAUGUCACCAGCUCAGCCCCUUCCAGUGCCAGAGGUUCGCCUCAAAUGGCAGAGAAACACAAGCAUUCCAGAGAAAAUGCCUGCUUAUCUCCGAGAGAGAGACCGGUCAGUGCCAUCUUCCCCAACCCCCAUGAUCCUGUACAGCGAGCUCCUACUCACCAGAUAGGAGACACAACUCUACCCAGGAGUGACCCCAACCUCUCUGCACCAGAUAAAGUGAGACCCACUCCCAGUAGCUGGAGCCUAGACAGUGCCAGAGAGCGUGCACCAUGCUUCUCUGACAAUGUCAGCAAAUCCAUAUGCCCUCCUGUACCUCCCAGGCCACCAUACCAAGUUUCCUUGGCUAAAAACGCAAGGUCGCAGUCCCCAGGUCCGAUGUCCAGAUCGCCGCAAAAGACCACCAUGCCACCCUUCACUCCUUCUCCCACUGAGUGCCAGUCCACCAGCUUGGUCUCCAACUCCCCAGUGCUAUCUGGCAGCUACAGCAGCGGCAUCUCCUCCCUGAGCCGCUGCAGUGUGUCGGAGGCCUCCGGCACUGAGCUGCCCGCCGGCGACCACCCACCCCACCCUUUGCCACCGCCAACUCCCCUUCCAAAUUCCAUCUCCAGCAGCUCAGACGAGCCCAUCCGCAGAGAGAAUAAGACCCCUCCUCCCUACAGCGUGUAUGAGAGAAACAACCCCCGGCGCCCCGUGCCGCUUCCUCACAGCCUCUCCAUCCCACCGCAGACAGACCCCCCAGCCCUGCCGCCCAAACCUCACCAGCUCCGAACAGGCAGCAUGAAGCUGGACGGGAAUGCCGAUCCUCGGGUGCCCAGACCAAGACCUCUUCCCAGGAAGGUGUCCCAACUAUAGGUGUCUGUUUUUGGUAAAAUAAUACAACACACUGGCGUAUUUUGCACUUUUCUACUAGGCACUCACUUUUUAUGCGAUUCACAGUUUGGCACUCCAGAAGCUCCAACUACAGAGGCAGACUUACCGUCUAACAGUCAGUCGGAAACUAACAAGACCGUAAAACUACCAGAUAGAGUUUGGCUCUGCAUUUACAAGAGGCUUUGACAUUGACUUUAACCAGUCAGUCAUAAUAUAUGUUUACCCAAACAUUCUAGAAAUAAAACACAAUUUUGAUAGAAAUAAUUUCAGAUGUAUGUAUAUUGGUAUAAAUGAGUUUUUUUUGCCUUAAGUAUUGGAAACGGAGUGUUUAUCUGUGAGUCUUGCACGUUUUUUUUUUAUUAUUUGUUAAUUUCUUUUUAAAUAACUCAGUAUAUUUGUAUACUGUUUGGCGAAAAAGAAAAAAGGUGCUAGAGGCCUCAAAUAUGCAUUUCACUGAAGUGUAGAAGACAAGGGUGUGUUCUCAUUGUUACAUCCUCAGAAGUGAGGGUAUAGAUACUUUUUAAAGGAGCUUUUACUUUAACUGAUUUCAUUUUAGAGCUGUUUUUAAAAAAUGCAUUUGUGUUUUAUGUUUCUUGCAAUAGUUGGAACAAAAAGGGGGGCCAGUUUGAGAUCGUCAGGAUUUCGAUUAAAUUUAAUACCACUGUUUUAGGGUGUUGCCAUAUUUUCAAAAUUUGUAUUUAGGGAAUAAAUAGAAAACUGUUGACUUGUCAGUUAACUGCAGGAACAGUAUUGGCAAAAAUUGUUUGAAACUCUAAGCCUUAAUGAUCUUAGGAGGCCAUGAUAGUGGUAACCAGCCCUUGCCUAGUUGUGACCAAUUGGGUCAUUUUUCUAUAAUAUUGCAAAACAUCUAAUAAAGACAAACGUAACAAAUUUUAGGCUUCUUUAACAUCUCAUCUUAAGUUUCUACACGUCCCUUUACUAACCAACACACUGAGCUUCUUUCUUUGAAUUCAGUUAAGUCAUGAAGCUUGACCAAUGCAUGCACUUCUAUAUGCUGCUCUAAAAAAUAAAGGGAACACGUAAACAACACAACAUAGCUUCAAUUAAAUCAAACUUCUGUGAAAUACAACUGUCGACUUAGAAAGCAACCCUGAUUGACAAUCAAUUUCACAUGUUGCUGUGCAAAUGGAAUAGAAAACAGGUGGCGGCAGCAGGGUCACUACCUCUGACUUUGUGCCAGGCGGAACAGGAGGAGCACUGCCAGAGCCCUGCAAAAUGACCUCCAUCAGGCCACAAAUGUGAAUGUGUCUGAAUAAACUAUUAGAAACCGACUACAUGAAGUUGGUAUGAGGGCCCAAAAGCCACAGGAGGUUGUGCUCAUAUGCCCACACUGUGCAGGACACCGUGGCAUUUGCCAGAGAACACCGAGAUUGACAAAUUCACCACUGGCGCCCUCUACUUUUCACAGAUGAAAGCAGGUUCACAGUGACCACACUGAAGACACCGUGGAUAGCAAUCUGCUGCUUGUACCAUCUUUUAGCAUGACUUGAUAGGCAAUGGGUCAGUUAUGGUGUGGAGGGUCACACAGUCCUCCCUGUGAUCGCCAGAGGUAGCAUUACUGCCAUUGAAAACAGGGGUGAUAUCCUCAAAGCCCUUGUAAAACCACAUGCUGGUGCAGUUGGCCUUGGGUUCCUCCUAAUGCAGAAGAAUGCUAGAACUCCUGUGGAUGGAGUGAGUCAUAGCUCCUGCAAGAUGAAGGAAUUCCCCAGACCUAAAUCCGAUUGAGCCCACCCGGGAACAUCUUGUCUUGAUCCAUCUGCCAAUGACAUGUUGCACAGCAGACUGUCCAGGAGUUGAUGCUUUAGUCAAGGUCUGGGACAAGACCCCAAAAGGCGGGCAUACACUGUACAAUAUUGUCAAUCUUUGUACUCAGCUAUAGCCCCAUUUAAACUACCCUCUAAAAACUGAUCUGUACCAAGUUCAGACCGAACUUGGAUUAGUUAACCGUGCCAAGCUUGGUUCCUUGUGAUCGUUUACACAUCAUGCUAGCAAAGUUCCUUGCCUCCUAGUGGCGUUCCAUGGUACUAAUACUCUCUAGAGGUAAACAAGCAAAUCAACAUGAAAGCACCCGUAACAUUCAGGAAGUUUAUUAUAAUUGUGAUAUUUCCUUGUUUGCAGAGAGAAGGUGAUGAAGUCAGCCUUUGGUGAAUUUACUUGAGAGUCAGAGCUUUUGGGAAGUGGAUACGUCAAGCAACAGUCUAAUCAGGGCUUACAGACCCAGGAAACAAUGACAGACGUUGACGUUGAGGUUCAUCACCCUGCUAGGCACAAUCAUCACUGGAAAUCGUGUGGCACGGUAGCUAGAACUGAACCGCGCCAAGCCCUACUGUUAAACUAGUACCAGUUUAGCGUGGUUCAGUUGUGUCUGACACGGUUAGUUUCAGUUUUAUGUUGCAUUUAAAUUCAACAGUUAUCUCUGUUACCAUGCUUGGACUGAUCUCAGCACAGUUUAAAAAGGGUAGUGUAAAUGGGGCUCAAUUCUCAAACAGUACGACGAAACUGCAGAGUUGAAAACAUCACAGCUCACGAUAUAUGCUCUUAAGCUGUAUGGCCCAAUGCUUUAAUGCGAUCUAACUGCUCACUCUAUGAGUCCAAAGUGCACACGUCGAACUUGGCACUGAGAGAUGCUGCUGAUCAGAUGCAUCCAUCUGGGAGAAGAGAACUUCCCCUGUUUGCACAUGCGCGAGAUUCAGAUAGAUUGGUACGUAGACGCUCAUAGCUCUGCUUAAACGGUAGGAUUUGUUCACGAACACCUUUUUGGUGUUGUGUGUGACUUCAAAUACAGGCCUCCAUUGGUUAAUACAUUUGAUUUACUGUACAUUGAGGAUUUUUGUGCAACUCUGUUGUCAGCACAUUCAGCUUUGUACAGAACACAGUUUUCAGUAAGAAUAUUUCUUUCAUUUGGAUUUAGCAUGUGUUAUACAUGAGUGUUCCCUUAAUUUUUUUGAGCAUUGUAGUUUGGUGACAGAAGUUUGAUACCAUUUAUGUGAACACACCCUCUACUUUCUGGGUGAUAUGUACAUGAUAACACAUCUUUGGGUGUGGAGGGGCUUUAGUAGUUAUUGUGCCAAAGGAAACUGAAAAAAAUCCUAUAAUUUUUAUUUCUUACCUCAAAUCUUUCUGCAAACAUCUCAGAAACGCCUGAAAAUGACAUUUUUAAAUACGUCUUCUUAAAGAUUCCAGUUGAGCCCUGCUUUGCCCUAAUCAGACAAGCACAAAAAAGAUUUUAUGAAAUGUAAUGGAGCAAACAAUAUAUGGAAGUUAGAAGAGGGAGUUUUGCAAUCAACAGUGACCUUAAAAAAUAAAUAAACGGAUUGAUGUGCGGGAAGAAUAUCUUCAAACAAAUCAAAGUCAAAUAUUUGUACAGUUGAGAUUUGCUUUCUGUUUAAUUAAAAACAUGAACGUGAGUAGACUGCAUGAUGGGUAGUUGCUCUGCUCUGUUCAGCCACGUCACAUUACAUUGCUGCUGUGGAUAGAUGUCCGGUGGCAGGCACAUUUCACUCUGUUUUGUAAGUUAGAGGGAAUUUCAGCAUAAAUAUUCAGCAAAUUAACUUUGAGAUGUGGGAGGGAUGGUAGCUUUUAGCGUUGUUUGUAUUUCAAUUUUUUUUUCUAUUAUGUUGUGAAUUUUUUGGAGAUUAAAUAUUCACAUUAAUUAGUACUUGACAUGUAAAUUAUGAAGAGAUCAAUGUAAGUAUGCCAGAAAUGAAAUUUGUGUAUUACAAUUAAUGUAAAUACUGUGUUUUUAACAAGAUGUAGCUAUAACAAUUUACAGCUUUGAAUGUAAUGUUGAAGCAGCAAAUUAUUAUAAAUGUUCAAACUUUUAUUGUUUUGUGACUGUAGAGAAACUGAGGUCAUGCAAAAUGACUCCUAACUCAUUUACAAGUUCAUUAAACUGCCCAAUGGAAUAAAAUUGGAGUCAAUGAAA